GCCCAAUUGUUUACAAAUUAUUAUGCAUUGAGCAUUUUUAUGCCGAAAUAUGCUUUGCCGUAAAAGGAGAAAAAGAUAGGAACAGGUAGACAAGCGCUGUCGACAACUCUAUCGACCGUCGAACUCCCUGGCGUUUUAUCGGAUGGUCGUUAACCCGGACAUUCGCCGCUUCCUUCCUUCCACCUUUCGUACACGAUUCUUUUCCGCAAUCAUCACGAUCGUUCAUCGAUAAUCCCUCAGGGCAAAUAUUCUUCUUCCAAUGAUGACAAAAAAACUAAAUAAAAAGUGGAAAAUAACAUAUAUUGUAAAAAAUUGUCACCGUCAAAUUUGUCACAUUUUUUUAUAGCAGUAAAAAGGAAGCUGCUUAUAGCAGUAAACAGGAAAGGCCCGCAAAAGAUGAUAGUAUGAGUUACACAAUGAUUUAAUUGGGAAGAAUGCAACGUACGUACAAGAAAUCGUGAUAGCAGUAAUCUCACGUAUAAACCACGAUAGCAAUAAUUAUUCGCAAGCGACGACGGGUUCAUGUAAAAUGAGAAAUUAGAUUUUCUCACCGCCGAUGACGAUAACGAUAAUAUCGAAUUGAUAUCGAUAGCGAGAAUGAGUACAUGAGAGCACGAGGAAGCGGGAAGAGGAGCGCAAGAUUUUCGGUUCGGUUUCCUGCGGGCCUUUGCUCUGCUCCGCGUUGAGCGGAGCGGUGUAGUCACGCUUGGCAAGCCCGACACUGAGGCUCGAGUUGCACGCCGGCAGUUUGCAGUCUCCAACCGGCUAUCGCGCGGUUUCAAACACUCCAUACAUAUAAAGUAGACAGAGUGAGAAAAGUUAACAAAAUCGAAAUUCAUGAAGACUGACGCGAGUGUAAUUGUGAGGCGCUCAAUUUUGAGUUGUAUUCGACUUCCAUUUCUGAGUACAACACAUCUCUAGCUGUAAUACAAAGAAAAAAAGUUGAACAUCGAGAAACGAUUAUGCUCUCAUGUUUUCAAUCUCACUUUUCUUGACAAAUAGUGCGAAUCUGAGUGCUGAAAUCGAAUGGUCAAAUACGUAAGACAGUGUAGAAAAAAAGAAAGAAGAAAUUUGAACAUAUAUAUUCAAAGUACAAGGAGUUAAGUAAAACUGAAGAAAACAGAAACGUAAAUCAAUAAGAAGAAUAGAGUGCAUGAAUUCGUAAACAGCAUUUACGAAAGAAGAAAGAAGAAUUAUUUACUACAUUAAUUUGGAACAUAGAAUUACGAUUGGACAUUCGAUAUGGCUGCGGCCACUCCAUUUUUCGGCAACUUUUCUUCGGAUGCUGUGACCGGACUCGCGAUGGAGCGCAACGAUCGCUGCAAGGAAGGUCGCAAGGGGAUGUGGCACUUAAUCUUUUUGUUAAUCGGCACGGCGAUGGCCGGUGAAUCCGAACCAGAGCCACUAUUGGAGAUCUCCGAGGUGCCGUUCGAGAUUAAAGCGCCGUUACCUUAUGAAGAGGCAUUUCCGGCUCCGCUUCCUGGCCUGCUAUAUCCCAGAGAAAGUGAAUCUCGUGAGGUAAAAUCGCUCGAUGGAUUGUGGGACUUCGUCGUAUCGCCGGAAGCAGAUGCGCGUAAGGGUUACAAGGAACGAUGGUUCAUCAAUGAUUUAUCUAAGGCUGGCGAAAUAAUCAAAAUGCCAGUGCCUUCGUCCUACAAUGACAUCACGACAUCGCAGGCUCUCAGGGAUCACGUCGGCGCUGUAUGGUACCAGCGAACCUUCUUCGUACCCUCGUCCUGGAAGGAUCAACGAGUGUUCGUCAGGUUCGGUUCGGUCAAUUAUCUCGCUCAAGUGUGGGUGAAUGGUGCUUUGGUGACCAAUCAUGAAAUGGGUCACCUGCCCUUCGAGGCAGAGAUCUCGUCAUAUGUGGCUUUUGGUGACAAAAAUCGCAUCACCGUUGCCGUGGAUAAUACUCUGCUGCAGACCAGCGUACCCCAGGGUAAGCUCGUAGAAAUGAGUACCGACAACGGCACCGUACAUGUGCAGACUUACACUUUUGACUUCUUCAAUUACGCCGGAAUACACAGGUCCGUUUUGCUGUACACCACGCCGCGUGUCUACAUCGAGGAUAUUACGGUGAGAACGGGUUUGAUUGGAGAUAUGGGAAUUGUCAAGUACAUGAUACAACCAGGUGGCUUGCGCGAGGGUGAGACACCAAUCUGUAGAGUCACCUUGCAUGACGCCGAGCAUACUUUGGCAAUUAAAGAGCCUGUCUACGGUCUAUCCGGUACUCUGAAGGUUCCGCUGGCGAGACUCUGGUGGCCUAGGGGUAUGGAUCCCAAGCCAGGAUACCUGUACACUUUGGAGGUGAGAUUGUCGAUUGCAAACCUCACCACACCGGACAUUUAUCGAUUGCCGAUCGGUAUUAGAACCUUGGCAUGGAACAACACGAGUCUGCUAUUGAAUGAUCGACCAGUGUAUAUGCGCGGUUUUGGCAGACAUGAAGAUUCGGCCAUCAGAGGACGCGGUUUUGAUCUGGUCACCGCUGUCAGAGAUUACGAAUUGCUUCAAUGGGUCGGUGCCAACGCUUACAGGACUAGCCACUAUCCUUACAGCGACGAGGUUCUCGACAUGGCUGAUAGACUGGGCUUCCUCGUAAUUGACGAAUGUCCUUCUGUCGACACGGAAAACUUUUCACCAUCGUUGCUCUCACGCCACAAAGAAUCACUCUCGGAGCUCAUUCGCAGAGACAAAAACCGACCCUCCGUAAUCAUGUGGUCUCUGGCGAAUGAACCAAGAACUCAGCUGCCUCAAGCCGAGGAGUACUUUAGGCAGAUCGCUCAUCACACCAAAGGAAUCGAUCCUACCAGGCCAGUUACUAUUGCUCUAGCUCGUGGAGUGCAGGAGGACAAAGCUGGUCAGUUCCUCGAUGUGAUUAGUUUCAAUCGUUACAAUGCUUGGUACAGCAACGCCGGCAGAAUGGACAUGAUCACCGACAGAGUUCAAGGAGAAGCCGAGGCCUGGCAUAGGAAAUACAAUAAACCGGUACUUAUGUCCGAAUAUGGAGCCGAUACUAUGCCAGGUUUGCACGAGCUACCGGAAUACGUAUGGAGCGAAGAAUAUCAAAAGGAAUUGUUAUCCAAACAUUUCGAGGCAUUCGAUCAAUUGCGACACGAAGGUUUCUUUAUCGGCGAAUUUAUCUGGAACUUUGCCGAUUUCCGCACAGCGCAAACAUACACCAGAGUGGGUGGUAACAGGAAGGGAAUCUUCACGAGAGACAGACAACCAAAAAUGGCAGCUUAUCACGUCAGGAAAAGAUAUCACGCUCUUGCAGUCGAACUAGACGGCGCGCAGAUGCCAAAAGAUUACGAGAAUUAUAUUUUAAACCACUAUGACACUUCCAAUUUGGAUUAAAUU